AUCUUGUCAAUUAGGAAGAUAACUUGCUCCAGCUAUGUUAACAGAAGCCUCACCAUUACCCCCGCUAUCAUCCCUACCUCUACGGCCCGGAGAUCCUCCGCGUUCAGCCUGGGGACGAUGGGGCAAAGACGACCAGCUAGGAACCCUCAAUUACCUCACAGACGAGCUUGUGCAAAAAGCCAUUCUGGGUGAAGUUAAGACAGGUCAGCGUGUCGGACUGAACCUCCCCCUGGAUCUCAUAAACCCGCCCCUUCUUGGGCGUAGCGCUUUUGAGAAGAAGAUUAUCAACAAAGCCCCCAGGGUCAUAAAUGACGACGUGAUAUCGUUUAACACACAGAGUAGCUCUCAAUGGGAUAGUUUUAGGCAUUUUGCUUUCCAGAAGGAGGGGCAAUUCUAUAACGGAGCAAUGCAGGGCGAGAUUCAUGGUUCUGGCUCCGACUACUCGAACCCGGUGAAUGGGCUGGAUGCAUGGGCAAAAAAAGGCAUUGCCGGUCGCGGCAUCCUUGUUGACUAUGCCGAUUAUGCCGAUCGAAAUGGCAUCAAAUAUGACAAGACCAAAGCGCAUCAGAUCUCUGUGGACGUAGUAAAGACUAUUUUAGCUGAGACUAAGACCGAAGUCCACAUAGGUGAUAUCCUGUUUCUCCGCACGGGAUUUGUCCAAGGGUAUCUUACGCUGGACCAAAGCGAGCGAGAAGCCAUGAAGAUGGAGCGCCAAUGGCCGGGAAUGAUGCAAUCUCAAACAACCACAGAGUGGCUAUGGGAGAGCCAGUUUGCUGCAGUCGCUGCUGAUAAUCCUGCUUUUGAGUGUGGCCCACACGCUGAUCCAGCGUGGCAUCUACAUCCAAUAUUAUUAGCAGGAUGGGGCACACCAAUCGGCGAGCUCUUCGACCUCGAGGGUCUAUCGAGGAUGUGCAAGAAAACCGGCCGGUACUCUUUUUUUGUCUCCAGCGCCCCAUUAAACUAUUCAGGGGCAGUAGCGUCCCCGCCAAAUGCCAUAGCAUUCUUUUAG